AUGCUACAGGCGCGCCUGCGCCGCUACAUAUGGGGCUCCGAAAAUAUGCUGCCCACGGCGCAAGAGGACCCUUUGCCCGUGCUGCAAAAGCUGGCAGAGCUUUUGUGGCGGGCGGAGUUCCCGGAAGGGCCGCAGGAUCAGCGGCGCUUUGUGGCAGGCUUUGCAGACUGCCUACCUCAGGGGCUCAAGGAGGAGUGGCCAAGGAGGGCGCUGGAGGCGCAAGGUGCGAAGUCCAGCGCGGCCGACCUUUGGACUCGUUUCGACGGCUUCGCUUCGGGCGCCAUGCGCCGCAUGCCCCAUGCGGCGCUGGCGCGCGCUGGGCGCCGCAUCUUCGGCCGCGGACUUCGGCGCCUGGGGACCCGCCAGGUCCGCGAGGUGGUGCCGCAAAGCUUCGAAGCGCUCAAGGUCCUCUCAGGCUUGGAUCUGCCCAGGCGCUUCAAAGGCAGCGACUUCGAUGCCGGCGCCUGCCGCGCGGCGUGCGAGGCGCUGUCGCGGAGUGUGGCGGAAGGCAACCACCACCAGGUGGACGGCCUAAUGGUGGCACUUCGCCUGAUGAUGCCUGCCCAAAGCGGCUCCGAGAGGGCAUUUGCCAGGCCCCGGGAGGACUUCAUCCUGCGCCCAGAGGUGUUGACCUGGUCCUCUCAGGACUUCCUCGGCGGCUUGGAGGAGAACAUGCGCAUCGUGCAGAAGUGCGAGGCGGACUUCGCCCAGCUCAUGGCGGCCCACGCCGAGGGCUUCCGGGCGCCGGAGGUGCUGGCGGCAGGUUUGGACUUGGCAGUGGUGUACCUCAAGAAUUACUCUUUGGACAAGGCGGACGCCCUCUACUCCGCCAUGGAGUGGCACUGCAUGUCCCGGGGCCUGCCAUGGGACGUGAAGUUCAUGCAGGAUCUGGCGACCCUCCGGUGCAAGCAGAACCGGCAGGCGGAGGCGGCGACGCUGCUGGAGGAGCUGGCGAGGCGGACGCCGCCCCACGAAGCGACCCUCCGCAAUCUUGGCACGGUGUACAACAUGCUGCGGGAGCAUGACAAGGCAAAGACCUACUUCGAGGCUGCUUCCGAGCUGGUUGGGCAAAGAGAGAAGGAGGACCUGUGGAACCUGGGCAUCGUGGAGAUGCACAAGAAGAACUUCCUGGAGGCGGCGCCUCUGUUGGAGCAGGCCCUGGCGGCCUGGCAGCAGGACGAGCCGGAGGAUGACGUGACCAUCGCCAAGCUGCGAGACUCCGUGGGCAUGUGCUACGACGGAAUGGGCAGGCACGAAGAUGCCAUCUUCCACCUGGCUGAAGCUCGCGCUCUAUAUGAGCGCAGCAUCGGCACGGAGAGCCCCCUCUACGGCACCGCCUGCGAACGCCUGGCCAGGGCGCUGGUGCACGCGGGGCGGCACCAGGAAGGCUUCGAGGCGGCCUUGGAGGCCUUCAUGGUGAUCGCCCUGCAGGACGCAGUCCAUCCAACUCCGCUCUUCGAGCUGCUGGGGCUGAUGCUGGAGGAGAUGCCGCUGGAGAGCGGCAACCUGCCGCGCCUGGCCCAGCUGCAGGUGCCCAUCGCCGCGGCGGUGCGGAACCUCCACUUCCGGGAGAUGGACCGGGACGGCAACGCCGGGGUGUUGUACGAGCGCAUGGCGCGGGCCCUGGUGCUCAGCAGCCCCGCCACCGGAGAUGCCAAGGAGCGCCAGGCGGCGCAGGUGCGGCGGUCCAUGGCGCGGGCGCUGCUGACGCAGGCGGCGCCGCUGGUGGCGGAGGCCACCCAGCAGGGCCUGGCGGAUCUCAGCCACAUCUCGUUGCUCAUCGACAUGCAGCUGCGGACGCUGGACUCCCAGGACGCGCAGCAGCGGAGCGCCGCGCUGGCAGCCGGCGGCGGCGUCGGCGGCAUCGGCGUCCGGUGA